AUGAAUUCCUCUCACAACACGAACGGUAGAAAGAGAUGCUAUUACCAACAUUACUGGAUCAAGGCGAGCUUUGCGAGGGUAGAGGAAACCAGGCGCCAGUUGCCUGGAAUCGAAGAAAUUGAUCAGGACGUUGGGAAAUGUUUGAUAAGAUACAUCGGAGAUAAAGAGGAUCUAAAACGUUACUUUGGUCGAGAUUCAGUGCAACAACGUGAAAUCGAAGACGACGAUGAGGAGGCUCUAUACAUGAAGCAGGUCACCCCAUCACUUCAGUCAAAGCAGGGUGAUCGGCAGGAAACCAUGCAGUGA